AUGCCCGAGACCCUCAACCAAGGCGAGGUUAACUCGCACACCGACCCCUCCGUCGCAAAGCAGUACGACAAUGACACACCCAAAGAGCAGCAGAUCAAGGACCUCUACAACAUGAUCGACGGCAAGAAGAUCGGCAUGCUGAGCACAUACCGCAACGGCGUUGGCCCCGUCGGACGCUCCAUGGCCGUCGGCAAGCGGGUCGGCCCCGACAUCCUCUUCCUCUCCAACGGCCACUCCUCCAAAUUCUCCGACCUCAGCGAAAACAAAGAAUGCCAGGUGACCUUCCAAGACUCCAAGACGCAGGACUGGAUCUCGCUCUCGGGCACCGCAACCACCGUCUCCAACACCGACGCCCGCAUCAAAGACGUCUGGUCGUCUCCUAUUCGCGCUUGGUUCGGCGAUCUUGGCGAUGGAAAGCACGACGGCAGCGCCGACGACCCGCGCAUGACGCUGAUUGAGUUUAGGCCGAAGUAUGUGGUGUAUUACCUGACGCAGGUCGGGCUGCUUGGGUAUAUGAAGGAGGUUGGGGUGGCGGCGAUGACGGGGAAGAUUGCGGAUACGGGUGUUAUUAGGGAGCUGGAUGAGAAGGAUAUUGAGAUGGCGAGGGGGAUGAAG